AGAUGUACUUUUGGUGUUUAGCAUUUCUUGCUGUUGUUCAUGUGGUCACAGCCUACCCAUCCGGUGCCCCCGCGGGUACGUGUACUACCCUAACACCGGGUCAUCGGGAUAACAACAAUACCAUGAUACAACCUCAAACUGGUCAAAGUCCCUACGUUAUCACCAUCGACAAAAAAAUGUACUCCCCAUCCGAAAUGCUCAAAGUCACAAUCACGGGCCAGUCUUUCAAGGGAAUUCUUCUCCAAGCUAGGCGAUCGUCAGACAACACUGUGAUUGGUACGUUCAGUGAUCCACCAGCAAACACCAAACCGCUAGAGUGUACCAGCGCUGGAGACAGUAUCACCCAUUCAUCAAGAGAUGAGAAAAGCUCGGGAACACAAUUCACAUGGACCGCCCCAAGUAGUGAUGUCGGUAACAUCACUUUUAUUGCGACUGUUGUUCAAGAGUACAAUGUCUUUUGGACGAAUCUUCUUUCUCAAGAGGUAUAUUCGGGAGCGACAAUGGUCAGCAUUAAUCCUGGAUUGAUCUUUACUCUAAUCUGCAUGAUCUUUCUUGCUACAAGACAAUGAUUAGUAGUUACACUACGAUGUUCUAUGUUUGCCGAUCAAUAACAUACCAAAACAUAACUGUUUUUUUUAAUUUCCGUAUAUAAAAUGACAAAUACAAAGUACAUUACCUACAAAAUACAUAAGGCAUGGAAUGAUAAGGUCUGAGAUAAAAUACAUGCAGUAAUAGUUAAUGGUAAGGUUAAAAAAGCAAAAUAUACAUCUGGUAGUCCAUAUUAUCAGCUGCAAUAUUAUAUUGCUGCUGGUCGUCUAUUGGACAUGUUGGUUUACUUGAAUAAUGGCUAUGAUUAUCACAAUGUAUAGGAAGUUGACCAUCAAACAUAAUAACUAAUAUUUGAAAAAGAAACCGACAAAUUCUACCCUUAAAAAGAAAGAGACAAAUCAUAUUCAUCGCCAUAAUUUCAUCAAUUUUUGGUCUAUAUGGCAGUAUAUAGGCCUACAAUAGAAAAACCAUGAAGUCUUGGUUAGCAAGUAUAAUAAAACCACCUACUGCAGAUUUUUACAAGAAUUAUAUGUAAGAAAAACGCUGUAUAUUGUUUUGUAACGUAUUAUUGGUAGGUUAAUAAAGUUAGUUAAAUUUUUCGGAGAAUGUAGAAGGUAUGUAUACACCAUGGAGGUCCGUCCGGCGCAAAGCCGUACGUGAACAUGUGAAGAGAGAAAUCUCCAUCCGAAUCUCCAUCACCAAUUAGUUAAGAGGGGGGCUAUUUCAAAUGCAAAUAAGAUGACAAACAACAUUCCAGCUCUGUGGGUUGUAUUGUUUUUUCUUUACGUUUAUUUUAUUCUUUAAUGGCAAUCCAUAGGUUUAUAUUAAAGUGUAGCAACUAAAUACGAAAUGAUUUUUGAAAAGAAACUGGUUCUUUAUCAGGUUUAUAUAUUUUUUUACCGGGCUACGUAAUCAUUCUAACUAUUAUGUACGAUGCAAGUGAAUCUGAAUCUUUACGAUUUGCACGACAUGAUCGAGUUGUUCAAAUGGUUCUUAUUUUAUCAACUAUAUUUAGGUGUGAUGGAAAUAACUUGAAGCAUGUUAAUUGAAAAUCUGAAUUCUGAAACUCAUAGUGAACAUAGUGGUCCAUUUCAAAGCUUUGAACUGGUUCCACACUCUUAAAAAAGAUAAAGUGCUAAAUGAGCAUAAGAUGUUGAUCCAUCAAUUGCAAUGAAUGCUUAGCAACUUUAUAUAGUAGGGAAGUUUUAAAUGGACUGCUCCCCAAGAGAUGGAGAGAGUGUAAUUGUUCAUCAUAGAGUGUAUAGAUCAUCGAUGUAUCACAGACCAACUCCACUCAUUAUUACAUUGAUUUUAAUUAGCGAGCAUAAAAUGAUGCUCUAGUAACAGAGAAAUGAAGUUAAAAAUAAAUCAUCAUAAUGAAAUUGUAAGCAACAAAUAAAAAUAAAUAAACACAA